UGGUGUUGGUGAGUCACGCGAGCCAAGUUGCUAUGACGACGAAAGCUGUUACAUCGAUUAGCUGAGGUCGUGAAUUCGUACGGAGUUGCUGCGAAUGCUGGCGCCCAACAUAACGGCCGCUAGUCGCCGCGGCUACUGCGGGGCCCGCCGCCUUUCCCAUGGGUGCGCUCAGGGCUCCCCUGGGCCCCAAGUAGACGCCAGUUUCGUGAAACGGGACGUGGCAAGUGCUCGCGUCAAUGCAACAUGCGUAACGCGAUCGCAAGGAAAAGUUAACGUCACGCUGUCCGACCGUUGUGAAGAACAGACAUGACCCUAAGUGUCAAUAAAUCCAUGUCACUGGUGGAACAGAAGAGAUUGCAGUGGGCCCGCGAAAGAGAGGAAAUGGCGGGUCUAUGUGCACCUUGGGGUCCCAGCACGAAUCCCGACACUAGGGACGCAUACCGCUCCUCUAUAAGGACGCAUUUUGUAUCCGCCAUGGAAGUGAAUGAUGUGAACGCUGACUGUCUGCAGGAGAAGCAACUAGUUCAAAGCAGCAAAGAGCCUGUUGGACGCGUCCAAAGACGCUCCCCCAGCUUACCGCCCAUUUACACAAGAACCAUGCACAAUGUUCAAGAGCAUGACGGUAGACCUCCGGUACUUGAACAAGAGGAUGGCGAAACAGAGACAUCAGGUUAUGCAAGUGAAGCUGGAGGAAAUGACUAUAGACAUAGCGACUUCUGGGAACAGCAACAAGCAUCUCCGUGGAUUAGCGAACAUCGGCGGCCACACGAUCAUCAGCGUGGGAACAGGCAUUCCGUAAACAACAGAGGGUAUUCUACACCAGAAUCUAUUGUCUCUAGUUCAACUCAUCGUUGGUCGUAUAUGGGUACUGACGAAUCUAAUCGUCUCCGAUGGGGAGAUAGAGGUGUCGGAGUGCAAGGAAGUGAUCGCGACACUCCCAGCUGGUUGGAACGAGGGCUCAGCAAACUGGAUGAUUCACAAGUAUUAGUUAUAAACCAUCGCCCUACUAUGCCUUGUAGCCUCGGAAGUAGUUGUGACAAUAUCAGCACAAUAAAUACAAAAAUCAGUAGUGAUUGUGAAAGAACGUAUCUGCGUGGUCAGAAUGUUCCCCUUGAGCCUGACGUUUUAUUAGAAAGAGAACGUAAAAGACAGAAAGCGUUAGAACACCAAAAAGCAAUAAGAGAACAGGAAAAAGAUGCAAGGAAAGCAAAAGCUAUGAGAGAAGCUCUAGAAAAUGCUCAGAAAUUGGCUAGACAAGAAAAAUUAAAAGCUCGAGGAAAAUAUACGUCAUUAGAACAACAAGAGGUUGACAACAAGUACGAGUACGUGAAGCCUGAAAGAAAUGUAACCGUGUCCACUAGCCAAUUCGAAAAUCAAUUGCAUAUUUCAGACGCUAGAGAAGAGCAAAUUAGCACUGUUGCUACGCCUUGUAAUAAUGCAGAUGUGAAAUGUGAUAAAACCCACCCGAAGUUGGUAGCAAGCCACAAACCUAGCAACAUUCCAAGCAAUGUAGCUCUCGUCACAGAUGCUGCCCUGGCCGUUGCGGCUGACGGAAUGGCCAUCGUUCUGGAAGCAACGCAGCCAGCAGAUGGGUCGCUCGCAUCUCACAAGGUACUUCCAAGCCCUGGAAGCGGCGUUCAGUUGGCUCUGCUCAUGCCUCCAGCAGGGGUGGCGAGGCCUCAUCAUGGAACAGACGAGCGGUUACUCACGCCGAGUAGGUAUCGCCAGUACGCGAGAGGCACUCAGACGGACAGCGGUUUAUUCAGCACCGGUAGAAAAAGUAGGAGUAAAAUGAAGCACGACGGCUUCAACGCGCCAAAAGAAAGAAAAAAGUCUGCGAGUUUGGAUCGACCUCAUAGAGGAUGUAAAUUGCCAUUACGGUGUAGAUCUCAAUCACAACCAAGUCAGACUCGGCUAUCAAUAAAUGAUCGUCCAAAAUGGGGAGUCAACAAGCCACCAACACAAUACGUAAAGCAAAGCGAACGAGAUCCAUAUUACCAACGACGUAUGCGCCAGAAGCUAUUACGAACUGCAAUAUUGACUGGAUCUAAUGGCAGAAAUGGUUCAAUAUGUUUAGGAACUGAUGGUAGUGUUGGUUGCACUGGAGGAGAAACAGGCACUGAAAGUGAUACAUGUUCUCAAAAGAAAGUGCAGAAAACUAGACAAAACUCAACAGACAGAAGAAGCCGAUCUCCAUCUCCUCUGGAAAGCUCAUUUAACUCAAGAGAUAAAACUAUUUAUUUUCAACAGUCACAGAAACAUUCAGAAAAAGCUGAUCCAGAAAAGCCUGACAUGUCUGUCAUUGCAUUGGAUAUGACUGAUAAUGACUUCUCUGAAAAACAAGACAUUUAUGUGGGGAAGAAAAGAAAUAGAUUCCAAAAUAAAGUUUUUAAUGCCGGUUCCUCUCCUAAAAAAGCACAAGUUAUAACCUUUGAGCAGUGUAAUAUACAUCCAUUUGCAGGGAGUGCUUCCAAACUCAAAUCCAAUGAAGAUUUUUCUGCAUCUUUCUCAAUUGCUCCAAAACAUUUCAAUAAUAAAGACUAUUUCCAAAGAUCACUUCAACGUAAAGCAGAGAAAGUUAGUUUGGAUUUAGAAGAAAAUGGUAAUGUGGAACAAUGGACAAGUCAGGAUAUUCUGUCACAACUGACAUCACUUAGACAAGGCCUUCUGAUUAAGCAGCAAGAGUGGGAAACGAGAAGAAGUCAACCUCCUUUUGUGGAGUCGUUUUGGUAGCCACCUCAGUUUGCCUCUUGAAGCUGUAUAGUGACUGAGAACCAUACAUCACAGAUUUCACACCUUUUGUCACAAGUGAUUCAUGUUAAAAAUAAUUCUUAAAUAUUUGUAAAAUUGUUGUUACAAUAACAAAAUAAAUUUUAUAUAAGUUAAAAUAGCUCUUUUCUUAACAUGUCCU